AUGGCGAGCAGAACACCCGGCACCUCGCUCUCAGCGACUUCCCAAGCGCAGCCCCAAGGCAAGCCGCACUCCAUCAACGAGUACACCUCGGUCAAGAAGCCACCGCAUCUCGACCGUCUCACCUCCGUCACCCACCAAGAAGCUACCGUCGAGUCGGUAACCAUCGACGUAGAAGACGGUCCCGACGGUUUCGUUCCCGGGUUCUUGCACAUGCCACCCAACUUCACCUCGGCCGCCGCUUCCCAAGAACACCACCGCACAGCCGCCAUCCUUCUCUCCGGAGCCGGCGGCGGCGUCACCGGCCCGUCGUCCAUCUACCUCUCCCUGGCCUGCAAGCUAGCCACCUUAUCCUCGGGCAUCCCAACUCUCAGACUCGACUACCGCUACCCCGCCCGCAGCAAGUACUGCGUCGCCGACGUGUACGCCGGCAUGAAGUACCUGCAGGAUUUAUACGGUCUCGACCGGUUCGUGCUAAUCGGGUGGUCCUUCGGGGGCGCGCCCGUGUUUACGGUGGGAGGCGCUGAUCAGCGCGUUGUCGGGUGCGCGACGGUAGCCAGCCAGACGGCGGAGACGGAGGGGAUUCGCAAGUUGCCGCCGAGACCCGUGUUGUUGCUUCAUGGCACCGGGGAUAGGACGUUAAGCUAUGCUUGUUCGGAACGGUUGUAUGCCAUGUAUGGCGACAAGGGAAGUAGGCAGCUGGAGCUGUUUGAUGGGGAUAGUCAUGCGUUGACGGGGAAUGCGGCGACGGCGGAGGGCAUGCUUUGUGAGUUUAUUGCGAAGUGUGCGGGCGUGGAGGUGGAUGAUGGGUUGAGGAGGGAGGUGGUUGAAGCUGAGUUGGUGGGCGAUGGGGAGAGGGACGAGUUGAUGCGCAGGGGAGGGGAUCUUCGCGGACCGGAGAGGAGGGAGUGA